GACAGCGCUGAACUCGCUAGAAAUAAAUGGUUCUGUUGUGGUUAUUCGUGUGUAAACAAUUGAGUUGCUAGCAGUCUUUAUAAUCUCUUGGCUGGCUAAUUAUUCACACAGUUUGUAGAUACACAAUUGGAACAACAUUUUUAUUUCUUGCACGUUUAAGGUUAGAUUUGUAUUUGCACGUCGUAGUUUUUGUUUCCCUUUACUACAACGAUAUUCGUUUCGGUUUGCUAGCUUUUUGUUCUGCAGCAGUACGUCUUUGAAGCCCGUUUAGCUACUAUAGAUAGUUAACGUCAACCCGAUUCUCGUCAUCUCUUCUGAUUACGUGAUUGUUGUCCGUCAAUAGAUCAGAAGAUCCUGAAAAUAAUAUAUCAUAGUGGCUACUUUUCUUUGAUAUUAGUUCGGUUUGGUCAACCUUUGAAAACUUACGUUUGCCAUUCUUGUCUGCUUCACAGUCAGCGGUCUCCGGUUUUGAGCCCGUUAUGGACCUUCACAAGAUAAUCCACGAUACCCUGCAGGAGUUCAUUCAGACAUGCAUUCCCGAAGCAGACCUGAGUUCCCUGGAUGAUGUGUUGCUUCCCUACAUCACUGGAGUCCUGGAGGAUCUGGGAUCUCAGGAGAGCGUGGAGGAGAACUUUGACGUGGAGGUCUUUGUAGAAAUGCUGGAGGCCUACAUUCCCGGCUUUGCUGAAAUUGACAGUGUUAACGUUUGUGAUAUGAUGUUCAGCCUAGCUUCAAAACUAGCCACAGCCCGGAGUUCAGAAAAUAGUGUGCCAAAGGCUAGAAUGGAGGUCCCACUGACAGUCAGCGCUACCUCCACCGGGCCUCCUGUGAGGGAGAUACACUGCCUUACUACACAGACUGAGGGGGCCACCGCCAAGGUGCCAUUCCCUGAGUGGGAGGCCCAGGAGCCACUCCUUCUGGAGAUGUUCCCCAAGUGCAGACUAUCAGAGGCCAGGAGUGCGUUGUCCAUUGCUAAAGGUGACAUGGAGGAGGCUGUCCGCCUCAUCAUCGAAGGAGACAUCCAGCUCAGCCACACACCUCUAAACGUAAACCAUGGGAAGAUGGGUUCCCGCCAGGCAGAGCAGAAGAUGAAAGAGAGCAUCCUGGAGAAGUACAUGCUAGUGGACAGGGAGGAGGAUAAGAAAACACACAGGCCUGUUGCACCUAAAGAUGCCCCUAAGAAACUGGUGCGUUACCACAGCAACCAGGUGGUGACCACAAAAGGGGAGCGGUACCAACUGGUGAAGAAAGAGGAGACGGAGGAGGUGAAGAAAACUGACGUCAGCAUCAAACCCGCACGCAAAUACAGAUUCCAUUGAUGUCUGACUGGCACUCUGCUGGAACACCAGCCAUUGACUUUGUUGUUUACAUCCUUUCUGAAUGCCUUGUUUUUUUGUCUGGUAAUGGAAAAUGUUUGUUUUUGGUAUGUGUAAGUGUCUGAUUUGAAAAGUGUGUGGCCAUCGUCUUGCUUCGAAUAUAAUUUCUCCUUUGCAGUGAUUCUCUGGCAUCAUUGUUUUGUUCUCUAGGUGUGGGUCAUGAUGUGCUCUUGUAGUGGGCUGGCCAUGUGUAUAAGACUUGAAGAACUGCUACAUUUGAUUAUCUUAUGUCCAAACUGUGUACUGUUUUUUUCCAUUUCAGCAGGUCUGACAUGGUACAGAUUUUUUGUGGUCAGAUAUAAUUGUUAUUGGUACUUUUCCUGGCAGGGGGACUUAGCGAUUUGGUGCCUGUUUCAAAACACUAUUUUCAGUACUCUAUCGCAAUACCUUAUUCCUCAUAUAAGAGUAAGUUUAGUCCAUUCAGCCUGUGCACCCAUUUCUUUUAAUAAAAUAAAAAUACCUGUU